CCUAGUCUUCUUCAAUCUUCACACGCACGCAGACACACACACACACACACACACUCUCUCUCUCUCUCUCUCUCUCUCUACACGCAACUGGGUUUGGUCUGCAAAUCCCGUGGAUCCAUACCCAUCUGCUGAUCAGUCGAAUCUUCCCCAUUUCUUCCUGCAUUUCCCCUGGAAAAUUCCCAUCUUUGAGAGAAGAAGAAGGAAGCGUGGAAGAUUGGAGCGAAAGUUGGCAGCUUUAGCUAUCCAUGUGGUGGGAGAGGUGGUCAGUCGCUGAAAGUGAGAGGGUAUAGUUUCAAAAUCAUCCUCCUUUCUUUCUCUCUCUCUCUCUCUCUCUGUCUCUCUCUCUCUCCUUGCAAUGCACGAAGGAAUCUCUGCGUUCGAAGGCUCCUCGCGGUUCCAUUUUCUGGUGUUUCUCCACGAACCCAUGAAACUUGCUCGCUGAUGUAGUGGGUGCUGUCAGUUCCCUUCACUUCAGUGGAGAAUGCUUCACCCACUUUGAGAUCUCCUGGAGGUUUGUGGUAUCUCCUCUUGGGUGUUUUGAGCUAGUUUUUGGAGCUUUUAUAUGAAUCGAUGACUGUUAAUGUGGGUUCUUCAAAGUGGGUUGGUGCGAUUUUGUGGAUUUCUGGAGCCUUAGAGCAGGAGAUCUGAGUCGAUAUUGUGAAGUUCUGGUGAUUAGAUGUUGCUGGAGGAGGAAAACCCGAGUUAUUAUCCAUGUUCAUGGUCUACGAGCUGAUUUGUCAAGGCAUAAGCAUAAGCAAGAUGGGGGUUUUAGUGGAUAAUGUUGGUGGGUUGGCUGUGCUCUUCGUGAAUUUGAGCUAACCCACCAGCUCAGGUAACUUGAUACAAAUUGGUGAUUUUGGGGCGAGAAGCAGAAUAACGAGUUUUGAGGAAGUUUCGCUUGUAUUCAUGUCUGGAGCACCCAGAGUGAGGUCGAUGAAUGUGGCUGAUUCUGAGACGAGACCUGUACUAGGUCCAACUGGCAAUAAGGCGAGUUCUCUGAGUGUCCGGAAACCCAGUUCGAAGCCAUUGAGAAAGAAGGAUAGGUCACCUGAUGAGUUUGGAACUCCAGAGGGAAAGAAGGCCUCUCAAUUUGCGACAGUUACUUCAUCCUCUCCCCAGUUGCAUCCUACUAAUGGUUCCUCUGUACUUCGGCGGCAUGAGCAGCUCUUGCAUUCUAACUCGUCCUUGAAUGCGUCUUGCUCAUCUGAUGCCUCUACGGAGUCAUUUCAUAGUCGGGCAUCUACUGGAAGGCUCAUUCGAUCAAGUAGUGUUGGGUAUCGAAGAAAGCCUGUUGUUUCGAAGCCGAGGAGUGUUGUUUCUGAUGGCAGUUUAGAUUCUCCGCCUCCGCUAGGUCCACAGGCAAAAAAGACUUGUGCUUGGGUGACGCCAAAUACAGAGCCUUGCUAUGCUGCUUUCCAUGACGAAGAAUGGGGAGUUCCGGUGCAUGAUGAUAGGAAAUUGUUUGAGCUUCUUGUCCUCUCCAGCACCCUUUCUGAACUUGCAUGGCCUGCCAUUCUGAGCAAAAGACACACUUUCAGAGAAGUCUUUGCUGACUUCGACCCGCUCGCUGUUUCAAAGAUGAACGAGAAGAAGAUGGUAGCACCAGGAAGUGCUGCGAGCUCCCUUCUAUCAGAAUUAAAAUUGCGCGCUAUCUUUGAGAAUGCACGUCAAAUAACUAAGGUCAUAGAAGAGUUUGGUUCGUUCGACAAGUAUAUGUGGAGUUUCGUGAAUCACAAACCCAUAAUUAGUAAAUUCCGAUACCCUCGCCAAGUCCCGGUGAAAUCUCCGAAGGCGGACGUGAUCAGCAAGGACCUGGUCAGGCGGGGCUUCCGUAGUGUGGGGCCCUCGGUCAUCUACUCGUUCAUGCAAGCGGCGGGCCUAACGAACGAUCAUCUCAUCAGCUGCUUCAGGUUCCAGGUGUGCAUCUCCGCCGCGGAAGGGAAGGAAGAGGCCCGUGCCAUGGAAAGCUCCCGCGACGAGAAAGCCGACGGUCCGAGCGAACGCGAACUAUCCGCGGCCAUGGAUGAAUUGGAUUUCUCCGAGGAAUUGUGACGUACAUAGCCCCGAGGCCAGACCUCGAACAAACGUCAAACAAACCUUUGACCCUCCUUAUGUAGCUACGCUGCCCGUGUCGGCCUAGCGACAAUGAAUAUGUAUGUGUAUAAAAUUUCAUGAACCGAACCGUAUCAAUGGUGGAUUUUUCUUUGCUUGUAGAGUAAUGAAAAACAUAUGUUUCAUGGUGAAA